AUGGCGGCCCGGGUGUUGCUGCUGCGGGCGGCGCGGGCGGCGUUCGCCGGCCCGGCUCGUGGCUACGCCAAGAAACCGGCUGCGAAGGUGAAGGGCAAGAGUGUGCCGAAGGAGGGGCUGAAGCCGCCGGAGGUGUGCACCGACCCCGCCAUGCUCAGCGCCUACGCCAUGGGGGUCAAUUACUUCAAGGAUGGCCCCGAGGUGGCCCUGAAGCCCGACUCUGAGUACCCGGACUGCUUCAUCCUCAGUGUUUGCCCGCAGGCUCUUUAAGAUCCAUCUUGGGCC